AUGCCUCCGAUGGCAUUUACUCCCGCCUUACAGCGUCACACACCUUGUUGGGAGGUUUUAGAGCUAGGCCAUCCUGGCCAUCUGGAAUGUUACAAUUGCAAGAAGCUACAUCCUAUCACCGACGUAUUGGCUCAUCCCGAAUCAUGGUCAAAGUGCAGGACAGGAGACCGAAAACUUCGCGUGGCAGAUUACAUUCAUCCAAAUUUCGACUUGCUGAUAUUUCGUAUCAUUAUGAAACAGCACCGUCAAGGGCAAGACCAACGACACCUGCUGGAGCUACUCACUUACCGCGGCAAAGCUACAAUCGAAGACGCUCAAGUCAAACAGUUUAUUGCAGAACCGAGAAUCGCCAACGGUAGCCUAUUGAUGCGUUCGCAAACGACAUACGUAGUACCUUAUGCUCAGGUAUCCAAUCAAGAAUAUCUGUUUGACAGAAAUCUGCUGAAGUGUCCGCACACUUGUAGAUGGUCACCUGGUAAUAGCAUCGUCACCAAUCGCUUGCACCGAUGGGUCAGAAUUCUCAAAAGCUUGUCAGAAGAUCAGCAGGAGCACAUCAUGGACUAUCGUUGUGAUUUCUGCCCAACAGAGUUUAAUGUUAGUCUUGAGCGACUCAAAGGCCAAGGCGUAGUUCUUCGUAUUCUCAAAUGGCAGGACAUCGGCACAGGUCUGUCUCCCGUAGAUGAGGACAUUCCGUCACUCACGUCUCGUGGUCUGCAUCCCUGUUUUAGUCGGAAAUAUGAGAAAGUAAGCUACGAAUCCCCACGAACUAGGUUUGAAGGAGCUGAACCCGGUGGAGACCCUGCUGCUCUGUCGCAAAAGGAAAGAGAGGAAUUGUUUGCAUUGUACAGCACAUGGCGAGCAAAGCUGCUAAGGUGUAGAGACAAAGUCCGCUGGCCCCUACUGGGCUAUGGCCGACCCUUCCCGCAGCACUAUGGGCCUUAUUAUGAGCGUCAGAUGCGUAUGGGGAGAGAGCCACUUGGUCUGUGGUGA